GUUAGCAUAUCCUGUCGCACAAAUUCGCCGGAGAGAUACAUGAGCUCUAAUUAAUACUCCUCCCACUCUCAUUAUUACUAGUAACGAAUUUAAUUCAGCUAAGAAGGAAUUUGCUCUCCUCUUUCAGCCCGUUUCAACUUCUUCACAAGUGAUGAAAAAGUACUGCAGAAAGUACUGUACACUCGAGAGAGGACAUUCGUCAAAACACUGACAAAUCUGAGGAAAAGUGUCCGAAGAGUGAGUUGCUCCUCAUGCUUCACGUUUAUGCCUUUGAUAAAAAGUGCUGUUUUUAGUGAAUCUGGACUGCCGGUGACGUAUAUGUAUCACAUGCAGCCAAGUUGUGGAUCGCUUAAAUUAUUCAGGAAAUGAAGUCAAGCUCAAGGAUCCUCUUUCGGUCCAUCAGUGGCUUUCAAAAGCAAGCGUCAGAUUAAGGCAGGAGUAUGUGAACUGUUGCGGUACGUACGGAACGCUUGAAAUCCCGUUUGCUGGAUACCGAUCCAAUUAAUAAACUCUUUCGACGAACAAUAUUUUAAUCUCCAGCGAUGUGCGAGAUGGCUUGUCGAACGAGGAUGCGAACUUUGGUCCAAUCCGUAUGUGUCAUGUAUUUAGGAGCGUGGGUCCACGGGUAGACCACGCGGCGGAGCAAGCCUAAUACCACACGGUCGUUUGACGUGCUUGCGGCGGCUGCUGCUGAUGUUGUCCUGGACACUUUUCGGGAAGUGCUGUCCGUUCGAGGCUCAGAGUCUCAGAGUCCCGGACUUGGUUCACAGAAGAAUCGAGUAGAUUCCGGAAUCUUCAAAGUGGAACACUUCCAUGAAUAUCCAUCCUCCUGGUUCCGGUGUCAACUAUUGUAAAUACGCAGUUUUUGUAGACAGGGACACAACAUAUGAAUAUCUAUGGAAGAAGCCCUCACCUCGAACUUGCUGGACUCAGACACAAUGUUUGGGACCAUGAUAAGCUAAGGAUGAAGUACCCGAAGUUCGACCAUCAUUUAAGAGCUGAUGAUCUGGUUGUUGGCACUGGAAUACCUCGUAUAAGUGUAGCCUAAAACUUGCCGGACAAUGGCGAGUCCGUGGUGGUGCUCGAGUCUCGCGUCAGAGACGGGGAGAAUAAUAGCUCAUCUUAUGCAGUGGUUUGACGACUUUGACCAUCAAGUUGGGGACACGAAUGGAGCUGAGACAGCAGCUUGGUUAGCCGACAUUCAAAGACGUUGAAUUGACGGUAUUGAGGGAAUUAUGAAAGAAGAGAAAUUAGAUUACAAGAGACUCGAAGGGGUAUUUGUUUCCUCAUGAUGACUCAAAGGAAACGGUACGUGGAGGGGCUAGCAAAAACAGUGGUUUACAUGGAGAAAGAUUAUAUGAACAAACAAAAGAAUUCAGUUUACAAGGAACUAUAGUUCCAACUGAAGACGAGAAAAGCGACACGGCAGGAGAUUUUGUGAUGGCCAUCAAUUCACCCCUGAAUCAUAGCCUGACGGUUCAUUCACGUCAGCGAGCUGAGCUAAGUUCCUAGAACAGUGUGGGUUGAGCCUCUUAUUAUCAGUUCUAACUCGAAUCAUGUUUUGUGUCCUUGCAGUAGUCUCCACGAGUAACUGCCGUGUAAAGUCAUUCAUGACCUGCAGUCAAGAACUCAUGACCUUCAUGAGAGAGAUCGGGCUGAUUUUUUAUUUUAUUUUAUAUACAUAUACACUCUGACUCACUGCUUCGGUAGGAUGUGAUAGACCCAUGUGGCUAUGUGAACUUCCGUCUUGUAAGUGAAGAACAGUGGCGGAGCAUGGCUGCGGCCUACAACUUAGUGAGUUUGCAGCCGGGAGAAGGAUUGACUAUGAUAUGUUGAUUGUUAGUGGUGAGAACACGAGCAGAGAGUCUGAAGUUAUGACCCAUAUACCAAGCUGGGAAAUUGGGCUCGCAAGCGGUGGACUAUGGAUUCAGAGGUGCUUUUCAGAUACACUGGUCAGGCGACAGUGGACAGGGAAUGACGUACAGUGGAAUCGCUGGAAUCUCGAUUACGGAUCUCAAUUUGAACAAGGAGUAUCCUCUGGCCGAAGUGUACAGUCCGAGCCGAUGCUUGCCACUUUCCCCGGACCUUUUACAAAGCGUAGGAGAAGAAGUUUCUCAAACUGUUCAGGGCUUACAUACUCAGGAGCCAUAAAACACCAACAAGACUUCUUAGCCCAUGUAAUGGUCACCAUCAACGUGAUGUAACUGUUUUAUGUCACUGUUACUGGUUUCUGUUUUCUGUUGUCGAACUUCCACAUGCUCUCUUCGCAGUCAGCCCCGCCGCAUAGAGUCAGCUCAACUUGAGAGACGACUUGGGUUUCUGUGUAGUCUGAAGGCUUGUUUGUUAAAAAAGCUGCGUGGAGAAAAGUGCAACGAGCCAGCAGUGUUUCGUCGAGAUGUCGUUAGGCUUUUCGCCUGGACUUCGUCAGUUGAAGAUUACACAGCUAGACAAGAGAUUUGAGAACA